AGCUGCAGAACCUCAAAAGUGCUAUAAUUUUUUGACUUGAAAUAUAAGCUUCUCUCUUCACCAGCUAUGACAGAAGAAAUAACAUAUGCGGAUCUGGAAUUUAGUAAAUCUUAUGCACUGGAAAAUAUCCCAAAGCCUGCUGCUCCUGAGGAAAAAGCACUCCACUCUUCAUCCUCCACAUGGCGUCUGGUUGCCUUGACUUUCCUCAUACUGUGCUUGGCAUUGCUGCUAGGGAUGUUAGCCCUGGGGAUUGUGUUUUUUCAGGUUUCCAAUGAUUUCCAGAAACAAUUUGGGAACCUCAUGAGGAACCAGGAAACUCUGCAAACAAAUUUUUCAAAAAGGCUGCAAGACAUGAAAGAUCAUUUGUGUCUUAAAGGAGAGGAAAAUAAUGAGAAUAAUGGAUCCAGUUGUAUGCUCUGCCCUGCAAACUGGCAAUGGAUGGGAGGUGACACCUGUUUCUACAUAUCAACGCAGAAGAGGUCAUGGGAAGAGAGCCAGAGGUUCUGUUCCUUACAGAAUUCCACCUUUCUCAUGCUAAAACACAGGCAUAAGCUGAACCAUGUACCUCCAAGAGAGAAUACCCAAUAUUAUUGGAUUGGUUUACACAAAUCUGGAGAGAACAGCUGGUAUUGGACGGAUGGCUCAGCUCUUUUGACAAAGAAAGAAGAUUGGAUUGACUUGUAUCCAUCCUAUAAUUGUGGCUACCUAUAUAGAGAAAAAAUUUAUAAUGACUACUGCACAGAGAAGCACCUCUGGAUCUGUGAGAAAGCAGCUGUCAAACUAAGAGCAUGAAAUACAGUGAAACAUGUGAGCUGACAGUCUCCAGAUCCAUUCGUUUAGGUUUGCUGGAUUCUCACUGAAAGGCUCUCCUCUCUGAAAUGUACUGCCUCGCAGAUCCAACCGAGGGCUCCUCUUCACAGAUGUUGCACUGGUGUAUCUGGGGCAGAGUGGGCUGAUGUGGUGUCUUGCUGUCAAAAGUUGGGGUGGGUCUUAAAUGUAGAUUUCGGUUGAGUUUUGUACAAUUUGUAUUGUACUCUUUUUUUUUUUUUUUUUAAAUGUUGCAUACUUUAUCUCCUGUCGUGUUUUUGUUUGUUAUAUACUAGCACAUGUGGAUAAAUCAUUUUGAGGGCCUUUUCUGUAUUGUACAUGUUCUUUGAUCUUUGGUGAGGUGUCAUUUAAAAAUUUGAAUACAAAAUAUCUUUUACUUCCAGGGCACCCUCUGUCUGCAGAAUAGAAAACUCUUGUGUGUUCUUGUGCCAAGGGAGACCAGUUGGGGUGCACCAUGUAACAGGCCCUGGUUUCAGCCAGAGUUGGGUGGUAGCAGGGGAGUUUCACCAUAGGAGCUUUGACUCUGGAUGUCCGCUCCCGCUCCCUAGAUCAGAAAGAGUAGAGGUCUCCCUGGUAUGGUCACC